GUUUAUAAUUAGUAAAAUAUUUAGUUUAUUUAAAGAAAGCUUUUAAACCUUUUCUAUUUAACAUAUUUUUGGCUAAGCAUAAAUAUUUAUAUAUCUGUGCUAAUGGCACGUGGUUCCUGUAUCAACUUAUUUGGCAGGUUCGAGAAAAUCAAGUUAUAUGAGUAAAAUGGGUUUUUUCACCUGGAUUGUUUACAACAUAGUACGACAACUGUUGGCACAGAACGUAUACGUAAAAUGAGCGAGAAAAAUCAAGACGAGAUUUAUCCAUCAGCACCUCCAGCUUAUAAUCAAGGACAACAUUCGGAAAAUUGUCCAGCACAGAGUCCUCCAUCAUAUUAUGUUUCUAAUGAACAACAAGGGCAACAGUAUGGACAGUAUUCUCAGGGGUAUAGUCAACGCCAUGGUUAUGAACAGCCUCCGGCUCCACAAGGAUACAGUCAUGCAGCUGGAUACCAACCCGUUCCUCAAACACAACAUUAUGGAAAACAACCGAUGUAUGGAGGUCAAGGACAGGGUGUUGUUGUUGCACAGCCAGUGCCUUCAACCAUGAUAGUGACUACGGCCCAACCAAGACCAUCGAACUGGAUAAUUCCUGCUGUCUUGGCAUGUAUUUGUUGCUUCUGGCCAACAGGAAUAUGCGCUAUAGUAGCUGCAAGUAAUUCAAAUAGUGCAGCUGAUAGAGGAAACAUGCAGAGUGCUGAGCAGUCAGCCAGGACAGCCAGGAAUUUGACAAUACUUACUGUUGUCCUUGGUGUAAUUUGUGUCGUCAUUAUUAUCGUGUUAAAGAGAAGGGAGUAUUCACCUUCAACCUAUCUAUACCAUAAAUAAGAAGCAAAGUACUUGAAUCCAAGUUUUUAUUACUUUACAUACAUCGAUGCAUGUAAUGUUGCCUUUUCGUAACAUUUAAUCUCGUACACUGUUAUGACACCUUUUUAUACAUUUUAUAUGUAUGAGGUUUCUAUUGACAAGUUUUCAUGACACUAUAUUGUAUCAUAUUGUUGUACAAUACAUUAUCAAAACAUAAAUUGAUGCAAUUGCUAUAGCCGAAUAAAGUUUUAUAAACUUU